CAUGAAAACGAACGCCCAUGAGUUUCAGAACGAACAUCAACUAUAUCCUCAUCUGGCUAAAGACUAGCGGGAUUCGUAGAUGUGUCGAGGGACGUGAGUGUGUAAGUAGUGGGACACGGGGUGUCAAAUAGUGCCAAGGAGGUUGGCGAGACGAGGAAGGGGAGCGAUUACAAACACAAUGCAAGGAAUGGAAACGGGUUACGUCAGCAGAGCCGGAAUAAAACACCGCCCUGUGGCGAGAAAAGUUGCCGUAACGCGAAAUAGCCGAGAAGUGGCGGCGCAUAAGUCGAGAGCAGAGGAAACCAAAAGAAGCACAGAGGUGCCGAUGAUCGCAACAAUCUGACGGUCUUGGGUGUACCGGAGGACUAUGGAUGUGAAAGCCGAAGCGAAAAGAAUUAUGGCGGUGUCGAUAAGCAAGCUGUACACGUCCCGAACUCAGCGCGGUGGACUGCGGCUUCACCGGAGCCUUCUGCUUUCCAUGGUGAUCAAAUCUGCCAGGGACAUCUACCACGCCGCUCUGAUGUCAAACACCGCGGAGAAGGUCGUUCCCUGCUCCCCGGAACCGGAGACCGAAGGACGCAUGGGUACAAGCACGGACUUGACCACGCUCCCCGACUCCUCCGUGACGUUGAGCCCCGAGGCUGGCGCUGUCAAGGUCGCCGUGGAGUCUCGAGGGCGCGCAGAGACCACGGGGGAGAACAAGGAGAACAUGGGGUGCCUUAAACCCGUGCGAGACUCAAGGAAGCGCCCGGGUAAAACGGUGGCGGAGCCGGACUUUCUGCCUUUAAAGAAGGCGAGGCUAGAGACGGAAGAAGAGACACUGAGAACGCCUCGCUGCUGGCGCCCCGUCGACGCGUUGGCAUCCUUGCCGGCAAACCGUGCCGUCGCCGCUUACUGAGCGUAGAAAGGUUUAGGGCUGGUUUUGUGAAGCCACCGGCACGUUAAGGGAGUGUCUACGUGAAAAGACCUUCCGCUGAACGGUCGUUGAUGCUCCCGGGUGAGCGGGAACACGGCGCGCCGGUACCUGUCCGACGGAGCUUGCCGCGACGCGCUCAGGAGAGGAAAGCCGCGGCGAAGGGUGUGGGGGUGGAGUGGGACGGGCCGAGAAGUUGUUGCUCAGUCUGCGCAACCCAGUCGUGUUUCCGGAUGAAUCAGAUUGUUCUGACGGCGACUUUUGACUCUUCUGCUACGGACCACACACACACACACACACACACACACUCGCGAACAGGACAUUUUCUGGAGAAAGAAGACUCCAGUAAAGAUGAUCUUUAAAAAAGUAAAAGUAAAGAAGGUUUUGGUUUUUUUUGUUUGUUUGUUUUUUUUGGACGGUGUGGGACAUUAUUUGUUUGGACUAACUUUGUCAGCAAGGUUCCACUUGUGUAUCGAGGCGAAAGCACUGCAAAUUAUACUGUCACAUUUUGAAUUUACUUUUGACGAAAUGUUUACUUUCAUAUUUCAACUCCAUUCGAUAUAAACAGAUAGGUGGAUGUAAAUAAUUGAUAGUUUGCAUUGUGAGUUUUGUCUAUACUGCCUUAAAAUGCCAAGCUUUAAAUGACAUAAAAUAUUUGCCUUUUUGUUGCUAGACGAAACAUUUCUAAAUGUACUGAUUUUAUAAACCAAGAGGGAACAAUCAAACAGCUUGCAUUGUGUAUUUUGUACCACUUUUAUACAAUUCAUAAACAAGAUGUUUGUGUUUGUCUACCUUUUGAAAGGGAUGGAUCAUUCAGCAUAAAAAUGAAUAAACAUUUUCAUGUCCAGA